UACUGUAUCUGCAACACAGCGCUCAAAGCAAGCUGCCACAGGUGACAUAUUUCAUGUGCUGCAGCGCCGGCAAGCAGGAGAAGGUCAACGGCUUUAAUCUAUAGUACAGUCAAUUUCAUUCCAGUUAUUUAGCCGAUCCUGUCUUAGACACACGAUAAGGGCGUUACUUACUAAAAUAUGCCGUUUCUAUGAUUAUAAUAGACCGUGAAGAAGAGACUGAAACUGGUGAUUGUCGCUCAUAUGCGCCUUUCUCUCCCUUUUGCACUAACCGAUAUCCUUCAGGGAAUUUAGUUUUUGUGAGUCUUCCAUUUCUAAUUUUACUGGACAUGUGUCCUUUACGGUCCAUAUUGCUGGUGGGAGAAGGGAACUUCUCAUUUUCUGCCUCUGUGAGCCAGUUAUACUCUGAGACAGACACCAGUAUCACGGCCACUUGCCUGCAACAUCAGGAGGAGGCACUGCGGCAUGAAGGCGCAACCAAUAACAUCAGGACCAUCCAGGACUCCGGUGGAGCGGUGCUUUUCGAUGUGGACUGCACAAAGCUGGGGGAAUGUGCCUCUCUUCAGGGCCGUGUAUUUGAUCGUGUGGUGUUUAACUUUCCUCACUGCGGGAGAAAGAGUGGGGUUAAAAAGAACAGAGAACUUCUUAAAAACUUCUUCCUCAGUUGUGUUCAGCUGUUGUCUGAAGACGGGGAGGUUCAUGUUUCCUUAUGCAACGGACAGGGUGGGACACCAGCGGACCACCCGAAGCGAGAGUGGCACAACAGCUGGCAGGUGGCUGCCAUGGCAGCAGAGGCAAACCUAAUCCUUAGUCAUGUCCAGCCUUUUGAAAGUGAGAAAUACCAGAGCUACAAGUGCACUGGAUACAGGAGCCAGGAUAAGGGCUUUCAUGUGGAGAAGGGUUUGCUCCACGUCUUCACUCACAGCCUCUCCUACACCCCUGCUCAGAUACUUAAGGUUGAGGAGGCUGUUGAAGGACACAGAGUCGAGUACAACAUACCAGCCGAGCUCAGCGAUUACAUAUUCAGGGGAUUUCUCUGCUCAGGCUCUGUCCACCCUGUCAGGUUGGUGCAAGAUUUUCUUCUCAAAGGACUGGCGGAGAAGUGGUCCGUCUCCAUGACGACAGAGACCAUUCCCUUCCUCCUCACAGCCAAACAGCUGCAGGCGUGCGGCCGCGACAUCAACCGUACACACUGCUACUGGAUCCACCCGCUUCAGAAAUACCUGAACUCUGACGUUCAUUCCUCUAAGGACAAACGACAACAUCAGUUUUUGGACAGUCAGGGACACACUGGCACAAGAGACACUCUGUCAGCCACGUGUGUUACCUCGGAUGAAGUGGACAGGGUGAGAAGCAAAGAAGUUGAGAGGUUAAUGUCUGCAUGCUCUCUGGUUGAUGCUGAAGGAGAAAGUGAUCUUUAUAUGCUGCGUCCAUCACUGCUCCCUCACAUGGAAGAGCUUCUAACUAAAAAAGAAGAGUUGAUCAACAAUGCAGGGAGUCAUGGGGAGAACAUGGGGAAUAAUAAAAGUGUUGAAGGACAUAAGAAGGGGGGGCCCAGUGGGGACUGUAAUGGUGUCACCAGCUUGUUAUUUGGCAUUAGCGGCCUGGUGUUCAAGAAUGUGCAGGUCAACCUCUGGGCUCUGCCUGCCUUUCACAAGCUCCUCCUCAGAGGUGUUUUCCCUUCAGAAUGUGAGCCAAUCAAAUUGCUUUGCCAGAGGCUGGAUACGCUGCUCGCACCCUAUGGGGUUUCCCUAGUUACAGAACAGGGGGGUCUACGUCUGAUGGCACAGCCGAUGGGUUUGGUUGGUAGGGUGUUUGCAAGCAAUGCAAGUGACAACAUUAGCGAUGUUGUGGUCACUGUGUCCCUAAAUUUGGACCUCCUCGCCGUGCUCCUAUUCUCACUCCCCGACUGGCGGCUGUUAUGGUCACAUGACCCACGCUUUUUACAACACUUUGUACUCCGCCCUUCUCCAGGGAAACCUUUCCACCCAUUCUCCAUGUUCCCCGAGCACUUCAGCUUUGACAUCAGCUUCUGGACAGGGCCGACGUGGGAGGAGAGGAAGUUCCAUGCUCUGACCCGAGAGGCCGGCCAUGGAACCGUAGAGCAAGUUAAACUCAUUGACACGUUCUCACAUCCUGAACUGAGCCAGACCAGUUACUGCUACAGACUCAUCUACCACUCACACACACAUGCGCUGUCACACACACAAGCCCUCCAGUUUCAUAAAGACCUGGAAUCCUUUCUUACCUCUCGGUUGCAAGUCAUCAUCAGGUAGCAACAUUUCAAUCUCUUGAAGGAUCAGGGAUUUAACCUCUCAUUUUUAUCAGAGACAUGAUAAUUACAUGUCUGUUUGUGACUGCUAAUCAAGUUAUAAGCGAAACUGUAGUUGAACAGUGUUUACAGUAGUUGAGGCAUUGCGUGCUAUGAAAUGUCUAUUAAAUGUGAUUGGAAGUAUGUGUACUGUGUGUGUUUUAAUUAUCAUACAAUAAAUAUGUUAUUGAACAUAAAUUUGUGGUCCAUCAAAUAAUAUAAGUCUCAUGUAGUACAUGCGGAGACGAAGCAUAAAAGCAAGUAUUUUGAAAUAAAACAGCCCUGGAAUCAAUAAUCUCUGGUGGAAGAACCACUCUUCACUGUAUAUCAAUGAAUUAUUAAUUUAUGAUUGCAAACUGUAUUCUCUAUAUACAUAUGUUGAAUUGUGUGUUUGCCCAGAGACAAAUGAUAAAUGUUUCAUGUUCAGCUGGUGUGCUGUGCACUGACUUAAAGUUUAUAGAUUUUUGUUAGCAGUUCACACUUUUGACAACAACAAUUGAACACUGUUUUACCCAUAUGUACCCAUACCAAAUUAGUAGUUCUUUCUAAAAAAAUUACCAGGGACUGUAAAGUUGUAUUUGACGGCGACUGAAGUGACUAAUGGUUCCUUGUUCAGCUAAAGAGGGGUUUUAAUUAUAUAAAUGUAGUGUGCAUUGAAACAGGAAAUGUGUCGGGUUUACAACUU